AUGAGACCCUGCAAGUCUCAUGUCUCAACUAGUCCACCUCUCAUGCCACUAUCAUCUCUCAUUCACUCAUGGACUACACUCACAGCUCUACUACGGCGUACGGCAACAGUAUUCAGAGCAACCUCAUGUUUUAAGAAAGUACCUGGUUCAUCUCUCAGCAUCUCACCUCUCACACCUGCUGAAUUACAAUCAUCUCUCAUUCAUUGGAUCAAAUCAACACAGCAGGAAUAUUUCUCAUCAGAAAUCUCAGUAUUAUCUCAAGGUACCACUCUCAAGAAAUCUCACUGUUUCACGCGUCUCACCGCAUUCAUCGAUCAAGCUGGUGUAAUCCGAGUCGGUGGACGUCUUCAAAAUUCAGCAUUGGAUGCUGACAGCAAGCAUCCAGCAAUCCUUCCUAAGGAUUGUAUGCUCUCACGUCUCAUCAUCUCAGACUCUCAUCUACGCACCUUGCACGGAGGUACCCAGCUUACCUUAUCUCAUGUUCGAAAGAAGUGUUGGAUAAUUGGUGGACGAGCUCCAAUUAAAAACUUCAUACAUCGCUGUCUCACCUACGCACGAAUGCGGGGAGUCAGAUCUCAACAGCUCAUGGGUCAACUUCCAUCUCAUCGGGUCUCACCAUCUCUCGUCUUCGAGAACACUGGAGUCGACUACGCCGGUCCAGUGUCUCUGAAGUUCUUUCAAGGACGCGGUACCAGAUGCUAUAAGGGCUGGAUCGCUGUCUUUGUCUGCCUCUCAACAUCAGCCGUUCAUUUGGAGGUUGUCACUGACUACUCCAGUGAAGGCUUUCUCAAGGCAUUCCGCCGUUUCACUAGCAGACGGGGAAUUUGCCGCACCCUUCGAAGUGACUGUGGAACAAACUUUAAGGGUGCUGACCUCAUUCUCAAGCAACUUCUCACCGGCGCUCUCAAGGAAUCAUCUCAUCUACAGCAGCAUCUCGCCAAUGAUGGAACCCAGUGGUCUUUCAACCCACCUAGGGCUCCUCAUAUGGGAGGAAAAUGGGAGGCUGCAGUAAAAUCAAUAAAAUAUCAUCUUCAGCGAACCAUUGCUGACACAUUUCUCACCUACGAAGAUUUCUCAACUUUUCUCAUCCAAGUUGAAGCAGUUCUCAAUUCUCGUCCUCUCAGCGCACUCUCAGAGGAUCCGGACGAUCUCACUGCUCUCACGCCCGGACAUUUCAUCCGAGGUGCUGCCAUCAAUACCAUUCCGGAACUUAAUCUCACCGCAAUCUCAACCUCGAGAUUAUCUCAUCUGCAACAUAUUCAAGAACGCUUACAGCAUUUCUGGGACCGGUGGUCUACAGAAUGCUUACAAUCUCAUCAAUCAAUCUCAAAGUGGAAUACCUCUCAUCACGACAUCACUGUUGGAUCACUUGUUUUGCUCUCAGACGAGCGGUAUCCACUAACAAAAUGGCCGCUCGCCCGUGUCAUCCAACUACAUCCCGGUGCCGAUGGUCUCAUCAGAGUGGUUACUUUCAAAACUGCAUCAACCACUCUCAAAAGGCCAAUAAGCAAACUAGUGCUAUUGCCCGUCUCAUCUACCACGGAAGAUUCUCAUAAACUGUCUCACUUCUCCAACGAGUAG